AUGGCGAUUAGCAUACUUUCUAGCCGGCAAAAAAGCAACGAUGGUCACUAUGAUCAGUCAGUUAAUGAUGAGCAGCUGUCUCCACCCGCAGGUCAAUUGUCAUUCCUCGAAAAAUUACCCGCUGAGAUCAUUCAAGAUAUUGCAUCUUAUCUCUCGGCUCCAGAUCUUGCCUGCCUUGGUGCCACUUGCCGGACCCUCGUCGAUCAUGCAUCGAAUGACUUUAUAUGGGCUAAUCUCGUGAACGAGAGACUGCCUGCUCCUAUCAAAAGCCCAGGCCCCUUUGGAUCAUUUCGUCGUCUUUAUCUUGCGUAUCACCCCUGUUGGUUCAUUCCUCAGCACAAGAUUUGGUUCGCGGACACUGAACACACGGGGAUGCUGAUCAUAGCUCGAUAUGAUAAUGGCCGGGGUAUGAUUGAAGCACACCCAGUUGUUGCAGAACGUGGCACUGCUGGGUUCCAAUCAUGGGCGUCAAACCCAGAAGUUAUCAUCCAGUCUUUUGAACCCAGUGUCCAUCUGGCGUUGGACAAUCCUGUCUUGUCUCUCAAAGACCCUAAUCCAUCCUCCCAAAUAGCUCCAAUCCAAUCCCUUCACUAUAUGCCCGAGGAACGUCGCAUGAACAUGGCUUCGGAUGCUCGGCAUAUCUAUACCUCGCUGUCGUUUUGCUCUGAAUUUAGCCCCCGAGGGCCUUUUUCCAAACCCAAUGUGCUCUGGCCACCACGAACCAUCCCGAGCAAGGCUCGCACAGUUCGUGAUUUGAGAAACUCCCCUCCGCCAAUAGUGAAACUUCCGUCAGAAUUAUCAGAAUCAUUCUUCCGUCUCAGAAGGUGGGGGAACCCGUGGGCAAACCCAGAGCUUCAAUUGCCGCCGGUGCCAAAGAAAGCGAGUCUGACCUACUCAACUCUUGAUCCCGUUCUAUACACACCCUCUGUAGAGAAACCGUACCAGGGAAUUUGGGUUGGAGACUACGAAGCCCAUGGGUGUGAAUUUUUGCUUGUUCUCCAGAAAGAGAUAACGGACUUAGCACACGAUAAUGAAAAAGAGGCGAAGGUAAUCGACGCCCAGGAUGAGGUCGAACACGACAGCCAGGAGGAUAUUGGACAGCGAGGUUUGUUGCAAGCUGUCAAGCUGACAGGUGACUCCAAUGUUCCUCGUGGUGAGUUCUCGUUUAUUGCCGAAGACAUUGGCUCCAGAGGCUUGAUUAGUGUUGCGAUGGAUGAGCCUUUUGUUGGCGCCCGAAUUGUGCGUUGUCGCGGCCAUGUAGCUGGACUUGGGUUCCUUGACGACACCUACAUUGACUCCCAACUGAUCCUUAUUUCUCCUGACCACAUGGCUCUUUACUGGAAGCAGAUAGGCCAUGUCUCCUAUUACCGCCGUGUGAACAUUGACGAUAUCCUACAUAGUUGA